AUAACUGUGGGUGAGGUGCCAUAGGUUGCAGUAAAUACAUCGGUGCCCUUCUUCAGAACAUACAGUACGGGUAAAGUACUCAGAGAGAGCUAGUCUAUGGAUAAUCAGUAACAGCUUCCACAGAGGAGACUGAAUGAGAAGGAAGACUCAACGGCUAUAUUGACAAUUUCUGAGUCCAGUGAAAUUUACAAGAAGCCGCUAUGAAGCUGAAGUUGCCAAACCCAGGACUGGAUAACCGGACCCCCUCUCAUGAGGACCUGGAGAGGAUGGAGAAGGAGGAGGCAGGAGAGAGGCCCAAAUGGGACAACAAAGCCCAGUAUCUGCUCACCUGUGUGGGCUUCUGUGUGGGACUUGGCAACGUCUGGAGGUUUCCUUACCUGUGUCAAAGCCAUGGAGGAGGAGCGUUUAUGAUCCCAUUCCUUAUCCUGCUGGUCCUGGAGGGAAUCCCACUGCUGCACCUGGAGUUUGCCAUCGGUCAGCGUCUGAGGAAAGGCAGUAUGGGAGUGUGGAGAUCAAUCAAUCCAUACUUGACUGGAGUCGGCAUCGCGUCCUUGCUUGUCUCAUUUUUUGUGGGUAUGUACUACAACACCAUCAUGGCCUGGAUCAUGUGGUAUCUCUACAACUCUUUUCAAGAUCCUCUGCCCUGGAGCCAAUGUCCUCUCAAUGCUAACAGGACAGGUGUGGUGGAGGAGUGUGCUCGGAGCAGCAGUGUCGACUACUUUUGGUACAGAGAAACUUUGAACACUUCAACAGCUAUCGACGAGGCUGGCGGUCUACAGUGGUGGAUGGUGCUAGCCCUGCUGUCUGCCUGGACUUUGCUCUAUGUCUGCUGCAUCCGGGGCAUCGAGACCACUGGAAAGGCAGUGUAUGUCACAGCCAUCCUGCCUUACAUAGUGCUGGCCAUCUUCCUGAUCCGAGGACUGACUCUUAAAGGUGCCCUGACUGGAUUAAAGUUCCUCUUCACACCAGAAGUGGAUGAGUUGAUGAACCCAACAACUUGGCUGGAUGCAGGUGCCCAGGUCUUUUAUGCUUUUGGUGUGGGGUGGGGAGGCCUCAUCUCCUUCUCAAGUUACAACCCUGUUCACAACAACUGCAUGCAAGAUGCUGUGAUCCUGUCGGUCGUAACUGGCCUCACCUCAAUCUAUGCUGCCACAGUCACCUACACCAUCAUCGGCUUCAGGGCCACAGAGAAAUAUGACAGCUGUAUCAGUGAUAACAUCAUGACAUUAUUAAAUGCAUUUGAACUUCCUGAAGACAGCAUCUUUACAAGCAACUACGACGCAGCCUUUAACCAUCUCAACAGCUCCUCUCCUGAUAUUAUUCUCGGCUUGGACAUCAAAAUCUGUGACCUGCAGACACUUCUCAGUGAGGGAGUGGAGGGAACAGGUCUGGCCUUCAUCGUGUUCACGGAAGCCAUCGCCAACAUGCCUGGUUCUCCAGCCUGGUCUGUCCUCUUUUUCAUCAUGCUUUUCUGCUUGGGUAUCUCAAGCCUGUUUGGCAACAUUGAAGGAGUGGUGGUCCCACUGAAAGACCUGAAUAUGUUACCUCAAAAAUGGCCCCAAGAAGCACGGACUGGAGUAACGUGUGCUGUUGCCUUCAUCAUCUCCCUCCUGUUUGCGCAGCAUUCAGGGAUUUAUUGGGUAACUCUCUUCGACAACUUUGCUGGAUCUGUUCCACUUCUGACUAUUGGACUGAUUGAGAUGAUAGCGGUUGUAUACAUCUACGGCAUAGACAGUUAA